UAUUUUUUAGGAUAAAAUUAUGUAUUUAAUAGCCUGUACAUCCAGUAAACUCAUUUUAAAUGGCGCUUUACACCAUUCUUUUUGGAGUGAGCAUAUUUUUAAUAGCUUUGGUGUCAGCUAUAAUAAAGAAAAUGUUCUUUCACUGGAAAGAGGAACACAAGAUCGAAACAAUGAUGGUGCCAACUUAUAUGGAACAUCCCACGGUCAGUGUCAUAAUAAUAUUAGAUAAAUGCGUGAUCCGUCGCCGAAAGUUCGCCGAAAAUUUGUCCGUAUACGACAUUAUCAGCAAAAGUGAUAUGAGCCUGACUAAAGAAGACGAUCCCGACCAUCCUGAUGCACAGCCAUCGCACACAUUGGAACAAGCUGAGGCACGUCCCAUAGAAACAGAACUGGCCACAGAAAAGUCCACGGAAAAGUCUUAAAUGAUCAAUACUGUGAUCAUCCAAUAAGGUACCUAUACUUAGACGGUCAAUCAAUGGCACUAAA